AUGGUCACCACAGCAGACCCCUUCGAGGAGGCCACCGACUCAGGAGAUGGCCACACAGGCAGCACUGAGACGGGUGACCCCGAGGCCAUGGACCUCAGCUCAUACCAGCAACCCAUGGACCCCGAUCACGAGGAGGAGCACGAUGAUGAUGACGACGAGGGAAACGUCAGCAAAGCAGUACUGGAGCUCUCUGGAAUGGUUCAAGACCAUCCUGCUCGGAUACUAGCUGAUACCGGUGCUGGUUUGUCCAUAGUCUCAGAUUCUUUCAUUAGUAAGUACCAAAUACCCACAAAACCCAUAAAAACAAGAUCGAUCCAUGGUGUCACCGGGCACCAACUCUCCAUCAAUAGUUCUGCGAGCAUGCAGGUAUCUAUUGGUACACACAAUCUGGGUGUGGUCGAAGCUUCAGUGGCCGACACUGCGGACUAUGACCUCAUCCUGGGGUUCACUGAGCUACGGAGGCUCAAACCCACCAUACAAUGGGAUACGGGCCAGCUGGAGUUCAAGACUCAGGAGCAGGACCGACCCCCUAGGAGACCCCCUGAAGCAGCAAGAGCAGGGGACCUAACCAUGAGGAGACCAACCCUUCAUGGUAACGAGUUUGUCUCAGCAGAGCGCAUACUACGAGCAGCUCUGGAAGAUGGACCCAUAGGGUUCAUGCUGUUAGAGGAGCCACCAUCAUCACUCCCAGCCUUUGGUUUUGUACCUACAGGCGCAGACAAAGGAGUAGAGAUGGAGGUAGAGGUGGACAAGGUGGUGAUGGCUGCAGAUAUACCAAAGCCAUACCAACACCUGCGAGAUGUGUUUGAUGAAGUGGAAGCAAACAAGCUGCCCCAUCAUACCAAGCAUGAUCUCCACCUCGAGUUGUUAGAAGGAGGUAAGCCACCUCAAGGGCCCCUGUACCUUAAGGGGCCCAAGGAGAUGUCCAAGUUGAGGAGGUACUUGGAUGAGAACCUCGAGAAGGGGUUCAUAAGACCAUCGAAGAGCCCGGCACGAUCACCAGUGCUCUUCGUACCAAAGAAGGAUGGAGGUCUCAGACUCUGUGUGGACUACAGAGGUCUCAACGAGAUCACUGUCAAGAACAGGGCACCAUUGCCCCUCAUCGAGGAGCAGCUGUUCUUACUCAGGAAGGCAAGGAUCUAUACCAAGCUAGACCUUAGAGCAGCAUACAACCUCAUCCGGAUUGCUAAAGGAGAUGAAUGGAAGACAGCUUUUGGCACUCAGUUGGGACUCUAUGAGUACCUAGUGAUGCCCUUUGGCCUAGCCAAUGCUCCGGCUCACUUCCAGUCAUUCAUCAAUGACAUCUUCCGAGAUAUCAUUGGGAUAUAUGUGGUAGUAUACCUAGAUGACUUCCUGAUCUUCAGUGACACUGAAGAAGCACAUGUGAAGCAUGUCACUGAGGUCCUCACUCGCUUAAGGAGCAACAGGCUCUUUGCUAAGCUGUCAAAGUGUGAGUUCCACACCAAGACAGUUGAGUUCCUGGGGUACAUCAUCAAGCCAACGGGCAUAGAGAUGGACCCAGAAAAGGUGCGCACUGUCAAGGAGUGGCCAAUGCCGGAGUCAAUCCAUGACAUCCAGAGGUUCCUGGGUUUUGCCAACUUCUAUCGAAGGUUCAUAGCCCACUUUGCUCGCAUAGCCAAGCCCUUGACAGCACUGGUAAAGCCUAUAGAACGGUUCAAGAAGUUCGAGCUACCAGAGGAGGCCCAACAGGCCUUCCACAAGCUCAUCCAGGCCUUCACAUCAGCAGGAGUGCUUCAGCACUUCGACUACCACCUUCCAACAAGGUUGGAGACUGAUGCAAGUGACUUUGCUAUAGCAGGAGUACUCAAGCAGGAGCAUGAAGGACGAUGGCAUCCAGUGGCCUUCUACUCUAGGAAGAUGUCUUCUGCCGAGAAGAACUAUGAGAUCCAUGAUAAGGAGCUCCUAGCUGUGGUCGCCUGCCUCACUCAGUGGCGACACAUGCUAGCUGGACUACCGAACCAACUGGUCAUCCUCACUGACCAUGAAGCCCUCAAGUACUUCAAGUCACAGAGACGCAUCACAGGCCGACAAGCUCGAUGGGCAAUACUACUAGCAGACUUCGACUUCAUAUUGCAGUAUCGACCAGGAGACAAAGGUGGUGAACCCGAUGCUCUUACCAGAAGGACAGACAUGCAACCAGCCGGUGAAGAGCAGGAUCACAAUGUGAGGCAACUACUGCCUCCUCGAGUGUUCAAGGAGACAGCAGACCAUGACUCGCUCCUAGUGGCCCCCAUGAUCUCGAUGGAGUCCAUAGCAUCAAAAGGUCUCAAAGACCUGGUCCAGAUCUUCCAGCCCUUAGACCAAGAGCUACAGGAGAUACAUAGGAAGAAGCCCUUCGAGGUCAGGGAUGACCUAUGGUACAGUGGAGGAAGGUUGGUUAUCCCCAAAGUGAUCAUGCCAGGGAGGACCAACAACUGA